UCAGACCGGAGAGCGCCCCAGGCGCUGAGCGCCCGCGGAGGGAGCACAUCGGCACCAUGGCCUGGGCUCCCGCACUGCUGCUGCUGCUCCUCGCCCACUGCACAGGUUGCGGCCCCCAGCCGGUGCUGAUUCAGCCGCAGUUUGUGUCCUCGUCUCUGGGAAGCACGAUCCACCUGGCCUGCACCUUCACAAGUGGCUUUGAUGUCGCCAUUUAUGACAUCUACUGGUACCGGCAGUGGCCCGGCCACCCUCCAACAUUCUUGCUAAGAUAUUUCUCCGACUUAGACAACAGCCAUGGCUCCAAGAUCCCCGCUCGCUUCUCUGGAUCCAAAGACUUGGCCAAGAACACGGGGUAUUUGACCAUCUCUGAGCUGAGGCCUGAGGACGAAGCUGUGUAUUAUUGUGCUGUGGUGUCCAAGGGCUUGGAGCCGCAGAAGGAGAGGGCGAAGAGAGACGAGAAGUCGCCUGCUGCCUGAGGGUGCCAGGCACCCCGACACACUUACCUGCCUGUAAGAGUCUGAGGCUGGAUGGGUGAGGAGGGCAGUGCUGGGGGCUCUGCAGAGCGAGGUGAGCCCCCACCUCGUCUUGUCCCACAGCACUGCUGUGGACCCUGUGGGGGGCUGGCCUGGGGGAUUAAAGCUGCUCCAGUCUCUGGAA